AUGGAGCAGCUUUCAUCCGUAUUGACGAGCUAUCCGCCAGCUUCGGCCUCGUCCACCUCCCACAAACAGCAGGAUGAACUUGCCAGGGUCUACCUCUCCGCUAUCGCCAAGCUAUCUGCCUCUAAUAAAAGGCUUAUUUUGGAACAACCGGAGGCAUUUCUCAAGCUCCUUGAUCCUGCUAAGAACUCGAUCGGUUAUCUCUUCGUCCUGAAUACUAUACUGAAUGCCUCCGAACCUCGAAUAGGACGACCCUCGCUGCUGGAUGCAAUUGUCGUCUUCCUUCUCAGUUUCGACCCCAUCCAGGUUCGAUACGUAGGGAAUUACUUACUUUCGUUGCUCGAAGCGGUUGGAACCGGAAAGCUGUUUCCCCCUCGAGUUGCUGUCGAAGUUCUUGCUACGGCCAUGCUCCGUUUAGAUCCCAACGCUUCCAUGUUUACAUCGACACAUCUGCUCCUGGCAACCUACGCGUACGAGACGGACUGCGUGGAACCGGCCCUCAAAGUUCUCGAGCGAGACAUUACGACCUACCCGAUCGCAGCACAGAAGGAGCAGCGGUUCUUAUGUGACCCUGAACUUCCGCUCACGAGUUACAUUUCGAUACAGACUGGGCUGACAGCUCCAGUGAAGGCGACAACUGUGUUGGAGUACGACUUUAUCCGUGGUUUGAUCUACAUGUCGAGGCGCGAAUGGACAAAGGCUCGAAAAGCCCUGGAGCGGGUCAUUGCCUACCCGACGAAAGAUAAAGGUGUCAGCAAAAUCAUGGUUGACGCGCACAAGAAGUGGUUGCUGGUUGGUCUCCUCAGUGAUGGUGAGGCUCCGUCAUUCCCUGGAUAUACAUCAGCUGCGGCGAAAUCGGCAUACAAUAUCAUGGCCUCAGGCUAUCGUGAAGUGGCGUCCACAUUUAGCCAACCGAAGGCAAUCGACUUCGUGAACGAGGUCAUAUCAAACCGCCCCAUCUGGUUGGAAGAUGGAAACGUGAGCCUUAUCCAAGAAGUUCAGGUUGCAUACCAGAAGUGGCAAAUCCUCAACCUUCGACGGAUCUACCGAGAGGUCUCCAUAUACAAAAUUCAAGAGUCAACGUCAAGCGGCGAGACAGGAGAGCCCUUGGCCAAUCCGCAACAAGUCAUCAGCCUUGUGCAAAGCAUGAUUGACAGCAAGGCGCUCAAGGGCGAGAUUACAGUUGGUCCGGACAGCGAAAGCUUCCUCACGUUCCAAGGCGAGCAGGAAUGGUCGUCGGAGAAGGAUUUCGCCAGGGAGAUCGCACAAGCUCACCACAACAUCAACCUUCUAAGCCAGGAGUACAAAGCGUCGAAUGAACGUUUGAGCGGCCAUAGGGACUACGUUCGGUUCAUGAUUCGCGAACUGAAGCGGGCUGACAAGGAUGAUUCCGACGCGGGUGGUUUUGAUGCUCAGAUCGAGGAUGAAGACCUCAUGAAUGAUAUUGUCCAUCAUGGUUGA